AUGGCUGCUUCUUCAAGGACUUUGAUAAAGGGCAGUACACAGUUGAUCGUCUUCCUCUACCUCUAUUCAAGCGAAAAAUAUCAAGAAAUAUGCGUGAUGGUUCCACUCUACUUUGCCAUGUUGGUGGCGUAUGGUUCGGUGAAGUGGUGGAAGAUAUUUAAGCCGGAGCAACGCUCCGGCAUCAAUCGAUUCGUUGCUGUGUUUGCUGUUCCGGUGCUGUCAUUCCACUUCACAUCUCAGAACAACCCAUACCAGAUGAACACCAAGUUCAUAUUGGCUAAUACUGUUUCUAAGAUCUUGGUGCUUGUUUUGCUCUCCCUCUUGACAGCCAACCCCCGGCUAUCUGGGUAUGCAUCAUCCGAUGCCUACUCCCUCCAGCCAACGCCAUGUGCAUCGAAUUUCAAUGAAUUUGAUACAACGACGGUGACAACAUCAAAUACACCGACAUGGAUCAGAUCUCCGACAGGUGGGAGGGAUUUCCGGUAG